GUGCCUCUUAAUUUCGGCGGAGUGUUUCGGGCUCGCCGUGGCGCUGAAGUGGACCGGCUCUGGAAGUACCGCAAUGCAGAGCUACGAAUUACCGGUGCCGCUCCGGCGUCAUUAGGCCCACCCCAGUUCAUGUCCUGUCCGUCCUCCUUCCUUGCCCCCGUCUUUCCAUCCAUCUAACUUACUCGGUUGCACAGACUCUCCUUGCUGACCAUCAUGGCUUCCACACCUUUAUUACUGCUGGGCCUCUUCUCCUCCAUGUCCGUCACAUUGGCGGUCUUAUUUGGUGAACCCAGAAUAUAUGGAGAGGAUGCCACAGGUUAUGGUCCCAUUUUUGAAGAAGAGCCUAUGGAUGUGGUCUACACCGAUGACUCACCCGAUAAGAGGAUCUCCAUGAACUGCAGGGCCCGUGCAAAUCCUCCAGCUACGUACAGGUGGCGCCGGGAUAACUGGGAGAUCAAGCUGAUGGAGCAACCCGAUGAACACUACAGCCUAGUUGGAGGAAACCUGGUUAUCACCAACCCGAUCCAGAAGAAACACGCUGGCACGUACACGUGUGUGGCCCGUAAUAUCUAUGGCACUGUUCUCAGCAAGGAGGCCCGAAUCAAGUUUGGAUAUAUUGAGGAAUUUCCUGAUGAGGAAAGGGAACCAGUGUAUGUCAAAGAAGGCCAGGGAGCAGUUCUGCUGUGUGUCCCACCAAAAUCCUGGCCACAGGAAGUAAGCUAUCGCUGGAUCUUCAACGAGUUCCCAGUAUUCCUGCCCACAGACCGCCGUCGGUUCGUCUCCCAGAAGACGGGGAACUUGUACAUCGCAAAGGUUGAAGCUCAGGAUGCUGGAAACUACUCCUGCUUCGUCUCCAGUCCUAUCAUAGGAAAGAGCGUCUACUCCAAGUUCAUCCCACUCAUCCCUUUACCUCCAGAAGACGGUGAGGAGAGAAAAUACCCAGCUGACAUUAGGGUGAAGUUUCCAGACACCACUGCAAUGCUGGCCUCCAAUAUUACGUUGGAGUGCUUUGCUCUUGGAAAUCCCAUCCCACAUAUUGUGUGGAGGAAGGUGGACGCCACUGACCUCCCUGCGAAUCAUGAGAUCAGUGAAUCAGGCGCUGUGCUUCAUCUGUACAAUGUUCAGUAUGAGGAUGUUGGCUCAUACGAAUGUGAAGCCAUCAACACCAAAGGAAAGGACUGGCAUAAAAACUGGCUUUAUGUGGAGUCUGCACCUGAAUGGGCAGAAACAAUCAACAACACUCAAGUGGACAUUGGAUCUGAACACACAAUGCGCUGCGUGGCUUCAGGAAAACCUUUCCCUUUCAUCCGUUGGUACAAAGAUGGAUAUAUGUAUGGCAAAGGCGAGCUGAAGUUUUCCAGUCUAACUUUUGAUGACUCUGGGAUGUACCAGUGCAUUGCUGAGAAUUACUGGGGCAUCAAAUAUGCCAACGCUGAGCUACGAGUUGUUGCCUGGGCUCCUACAUUCGAGCUCAACCCAGUAAAGAAGUAUCUCCUUGGAGCCAGAGACAGACGCGUGGUAAUAGAGUGCAAGCCGAGAGCCGCUCCGAAGCCUCGAUUCACCUGGACGAAGGGCAAAGAGGUCCUCUUCAACAGUUCACGUGUUUCUGUCAUGUUCGAUGGGAGCCUGGAGAUCCGCAACGCCACCAAAAAUGACGAAGGCCUUUACACCUGCUUCGCCGAGAAUGACAGAGGGAAAGCCGACAGUUCAGGAUAUCUUACCAUCACAGAGCCAACAAGUUUAACCGUAGCACCCGAAGACUCUGAAGUUCGAGUUGGAGACGAGGUGAUUCUUCACUGCGCUGCUUCGUACGACCCCAUGCUGGACAUCACUUUUAUCUGGGCCAUUGACUUCAGAGUCAUUGACUUCAAUGCCGAGUGGGAACACUAUGAGCGAGUAAUGAGCGAAGAUGGAGUUGGUGACUUGAGGAUAAAAAAUGCGCAGAUUUGGCAUGAAGGCCGCUACACUUGCACCGCUCAAACCGUGGUGGAUGACGACACCGCUUAUGCUGACCUGAAAGUCGUAGGUGUACCCGGGCCUCCCGGUGUGCUCCGGAUCGAGGAGAUUGGCGACACCUGGGUGAAACUUUUGUGGUCCAAACCAGCUGAGCACAACAGCCCCAUCCUGUACUACACUGUUCAGACCAAACACUUCUGGGCUUUGAAUGAAGACGACUGGAGGAAUGCCAGCACAUCUCCAUCCGUUCUCGAUGGCACUCUGGAGAAAGCAGACAUCACAGACUUAUACCCUUGGAUGGAGUACCAGUUCAGGAUCAUCGCCACCAAUGAGUACGGCUCCGGGGAGGCCAGUAUACCUUCCCUUAAGAUCAAAACCUGGGAUGCCCCUCCAGUCGUUUCUCCCACAGACUUGGCAGGAUAUGGAGGAAGAAAUGGCGAGAUUGUCAUCACGUGGAACCCUGUUCAGCCCUGGUAUUUCUAUGGCAAGAAAUUUGGGUACAUUGUUGCGUUAAAGCCUCACAAUGCCUACGACUGGUUUUAUGAAACCAUCUCGGACCCCGAGACGAGACGACACGUUCACAGAGACUCCUACUUCAUUCCGACCGAUGAGGACUUUCUGGUGCGAGAGUUCCAGGUGAAGAUAAAGUCAUUCAAUGUUAAAGGAGAUGGACCGUACAGCCUCACCAAGGUCAUCUAUUAUCCAAGAGAUGUUCCAAUAGAACCUCCCACAGAUGUCUACGCCAGGCCCGUGUCUUCCACUGAAGCUGUGGUUUGGUGGCUGCCUGUAGUUGACACUGGAACCGGCCUGCAGCAGUACAUUGAGGGAUACCAGAUCAAAUACUGGAGAAAGUAUGACGAUCCAGAGCCCGGGGCAAAUCGCAUAUUCGUUCCAGCUACAGUCAAUCAGACCCGGCUGGAAAACAUGCUGCCAGAUUCGCACUACCUCAUUGAGGUCCGGGCGUUCAACGGAGCAGGUCUUGGACCGCCCGGUGAACACUGUGAGAUGUUCACAAAGAGGCCACCUCCCUCUGAGCCUCCCAGAAUGUGGCGCUACGUUACCUGGACAGGACAAUGGUUGUACGUGUGGUGGGAUCAUAUCCCGUAUGACUGGUUUGGGAAUGUUUCUUUCCCCCUGUACUACAAGGUCAUGUUUAGAAAGACGGGGUACAUCUACGGGAAGGUCUACAUCACUGGCUGGCACUUUAUGGACUUCCCAAUGCCUCAGCUUGGAGACUAUGAACUGAUGGUUCGUGGUCGCUACGAAGGGGGAGAUGGCCCAGUCAGGAUGAUAAGUAUUAAGGGUAAAGCAUCUCUGACCACACCCACAAUCAGUUUCUUAUCCUUGUUGCUGCUGGCGCUGUGUAUUACAGGUUUGUAAAUUUUAGAAUGAAGCAAAUAUAUUGUAUAUAAUGGACUUUGGAAGGAAAAUAAUCGGACCUAGCAGAUGAUUGAGUUGUCUAGAGAAAUCUUUACAUGGUAGUUCAGUAACUAGUAUCUGGUUUUACAGUAUUUAUGACAAUACACUGAAGAUUUUUGAUUCCCAAAUUAAAAUGGAUUGCUGGCACUUAUUCUGGACCAUGUACUGUACAAAAACAACAGCGUAAUAUCUAAAAGGAAAAGUGAGAUUUUUUUUGAAACACGAGAUCAAAAAUGUUUAAAACGCAGAGACGCUUUUCUCCUUGAGCCGAUGUUUAAAACACCACUUAGAAUGAAAUAAAUGUUUAGAAAGGCCACUACGCUGCACAAAAUACACUUGUUCUUGUGAUUCUUCUACUUAUUUAUUGUGUUUUUUUUAUUGUUGAAAUGGAGCUUGCACUCAAAACAUUACAAACCAUUUGUAGAUUACAAAAACAAUCACUGAUAUUAGAAAACAAAAAGUUUUAUGUACAAAGUGAUUUGAUUCAUUUGUUUUGCUUUUUAUAAAACGCAAUCAACUUUUAUAUGUAUAUUUUAUUUAUCUAUUUGCCUUUGUUGAAAAAAAUCUUAGACAUUUUAUGUAAGGGUGGUAUGUGGUCUGAGUUAUUCACUAGCAGAACACAAUCCAUGCUGGUAUUGAUAUAUUUUAAAAACUGCUGGGAUACAAACAGUCUAAUUUGGCAUAUUUUUCUAACCAAGUUCUGCAUUGAACAUGGAAAAGUUUCAGAGGUUUGUGUGAGGCCAGAAUUCCCACCAGAAAAGCCACACAUUCACAGGGAAGACAUGCAAACACCACACAGUUUUACCAACUUACAGACGUUUUCUCUGCGUUUAACAAGAGAAAACGUCUCUCAGCGAAAUAAAACAUGCAACAAAUCUACCAAUGCUUUCUUUUAAAACUAUUGAGUCACUUUAAUUUUACUUUUAUGAACACACUGUGGUUGCCACUUCCAAACCAUUCACUGGCGAACUAGUUCUCAUGGAACAGUCCCUCUCAGCUGCAGACAGAGCCAAGCUGCUAGUCUAAAUGAUUAUUAUUUUCUAGUAACAGCCAAUAACUGCUUUUCUUAUUGAAGAGUUGGCAUUGGAGUAGCAACAAUAGUGAGCAAUAGCUUGUUCUUGUAUCUCCUCAGAAUUUUAAGGGUCAGCAUUAUCUUAGGUAGACAGACUUUUUCUCUAUUUGACCAACUCACUGACAUUAAGUUUAUUAUGUUUGUUUGGUUCGAAAUGGUGGACUGAGAAGAAUAACAAGCUUCCCUCUCUCUGCAGCCCACAAUAUUAGGUCACAAUAUUUAACGCUGUCUAUCCAAACAGCAUAAACCCAGCAGUUUUUUUGCACAUAUUACAACAUUAAACUCAUGUACAGGGAGUUUGACUGAUGUACAGCUAUAUAUGUAUCGUAAUGCCACUUUCCUUUAUGUAAAGCUGGAAAACUAUUAAACAGAUUUCAACAGG